ACUGAAAAACUUAACAAAGCACCUGCUCGGCUGCCAAUAAAGAGUAUUCAAACUGGAAAUCUCUGCUUGGAUUCUGAGUAAUUAACCCUAAGGCUGGGUGAUUACGCAUUGUUCUGCAAAAUGAAUUGUUUUAAUCAGAGGUUAAAACGCACAGCUCCUUUACGCAGUGGUGGCAGUAGAAAUGAUCUGGUGCCCUCCAAACCCGCCCGCAUGAAUGGGUGGUCUUGGCCUCCUCAAGUGGUACAAGUCAUAGGCUGGCUUGUGUUCAUCUAUAUGGCCAUUGUGAGCUUUGGCAUCUAUAUCCCUCUGCUGCCCCCGCCGUGGAACCAUGUUGUCUAUGCAAUUGUAGGAAUAGCCUAUGUUUUACACUUUGUCACCCGUUUAGCUGCAGAGAUCAUAGACCCAGCCGAUGUGAGUGUGAGAGCUAAACAGACCUACUCCAAUCCAAUGCCACUGUUUGAUCGGACAAAGCAGCCACAUGUGAUCCAAGACCUGCACUGUUACCUGUGUGAUGUCAAAGUGGGUCCAAAGGUGAAACAUUGUGGUGUGUGCAACAAAUGUGUUCAAGAUUUUGAUCAUCACUGUAAAUGGCUGAACAACUGUGUGGGUGUCCGAAACUACUGGUGCUUUUUCAUAGCUCUGUGUUCAGCUACAUUUGGCACACUAGUGUUGAUUAUAGUAAUUUUAUUCAUAUUCAUCCAGCACUAUCUGGAUCCUGACAAUUUGAGGACUGCUCCACAAUUCAAUAAUUUGUUGGCAAACGAGACCUGGUUGGUGUUUUUGCCGGCAGCUCCUUUAAAGACCACAUCGGCUGGUCUCCUUGUUGUAGCCUUCUUUACGGUUUUAUUGAGCCUCGCCAGUCUGCUGCUGCUUAGUCAUCUACUAGGCCUCCAUCUUUACCUGUUGUACAAGGGGAUGAGCACAUAUGAUUAUAUUAAGAUACAGCGACAAAAAGAAGCCAGGAGCAAAGAUCUUGAGGUGGAAAAGGCCAAUGAAAUAAAACAUCAUAACAAAGCUGCAAAGAGUCAAACACACGCCAUUGACUGUGAGCCUACUUUAGCCCCCAAUUCAAGUGCUUGUGGCAGUCGCCUUUCAGAGUCAGUAUGCACUGAGCUGGAAAUCUUCAAGACUCCAGCUGAAAAGGACAGCAGUCUACAUUAUGGCACAGACAAUUCCUCCAAAGAUUUAGGAGUGUCUGAAAGCAGCAGCAGAGUCAGGGGAGUGGGUCCAGAGUUUGGCCCUGGUGUUUCUGAGAUUUUGAGGUCAGACAGUGUGCCCGGCAUGCAGGACCCUUUGGGUAGCUCCGUCAUGAUCCCAGAUGAAGAAAGACCACAACCAUAAAACUAACAGCAUGGACUAUCUAUGGUUUUCAGAGUGAUGAAAAAUGUGUACCAUUGCCAUAGUGAUCAGCAAUUCAAAAUGUCAUACCUCUUGAAUGGUAUAAUGUUCUCAAAAUGUUGCCUAUCAACGGUAAGUUGAAACCCAUGAAUGGACUAAAUUAAAGAGCUGUUAUGAAUUAAAUGAUUAUUCAUUUUAUGCUGUUCAUAUUUUAAGACUUAGAAGAUUAAGUUGUUGUUUAUUCUAAAUGA